AUGAAGGCCCGCUACAGGCAGCAUUGGCUCGAGGCCGUCGUCGCGAAAUGGGUUGAUGGCGGCGCCACGGGUAAUUUCGCGCGCUACAAGCCGAAUCUCCGCGACGUCCUGGCGUGGCUGCUGGACGCGUGGAUGAACAUCAGCACGCGCACCAUUCAGAGGUGCUGGUGGCGGACGGAGUGCCUCCCUCUCGCGUGGGCCCUCUCUCUGUCCCACGUGGGCGCCGCGGGCCUCACCCCAAGUGGCCGUGGUGUUGCGCCGCUCGCCAUCGAUCUCGAUGGCGAGAUCGAUGAGGUGAGCAUUCUCAUCGAUCGUCUUGGCCUCGGCCCAAGCGCGAUGCCGGCCGCCGAAUUUGUCGCAAUCGACAACGGGCAGCCGACGUGCGUGGAGUCGGGUGAGGACCCUUUGGCCGACGAGCCCGCGUCGGCGUAUUCGGCUGCGUCGUGGGAAACGCCUACGAGCAUGGAGGCUGUCUACAACGAUGACAACCCCGCGUCCCGCGAGGCUCGUCGCUAUGCGCGCGCCGCAUGUGAGAUGCUAAUCGGGUACGCGCGCGCCACCAGCAUCACCCCCCGCGAGCUUUGCGCCCUCUUCGAGAUCCGCAACCCGAUCAUCAUCGAGCGCAUGGAGAGGGCGAGCCCGCCCCUGAAUCUCAACGCGACCUCGAUCGCCACCCCCAGGCCGUCCGAGACCCCGGAUGCCGUGCGCGCUCCUCCCCGCGAGCGCGUCCUCCCUGCGUGGAUGACGGCGCCAUCUCCUCGCCAGGCUCUCAUCGAUGCUGGCGCGCCUGCCGCCAUGGACGGCUUCAUAGACGCGGCGGAGUGGGCAAUGGGCAACGGGCGGCCAACCGUGGUUGAAUUCUACGCUGAUUGGUGUCAGGUCUGUCGCGAGACUGCCCGGGACACACUCAAGGUCGAGCAGCAGUUCAGAAACGAUGUCAAUUUCGUGUUCCUCAACAUAGACAACGUGAAGUGGGCGGCAGAGCUGGACGAGUUUGGGGUGGACGGCAUACCCCACUACACCUUCCUGGACGGCGAGGGCAACGAGAUGGCGUAUGUCGUGGGGAAGGUUCCCAGGAGAAUCCUCCUAGAUAAUGUGUCAGCACUUGCUCAGGGCAGGCCUGAGCUUCCAUUCUCACAGUUCAUUUCGGAAGCGUCAGAUGCUGCUUUGAGGCAGGCUCCCAGGGUUGUGGAUCCGAGAGACCAUGGGCCGUAA